CUACCCUCCACCAGAUAGAGAACUAAAGCCUAAAAGCAGCGGCUAUGAACGGAGACGAAGAGAGAGGAGGAGUAGGAGAAGGGUUUCGGUUUGACCUGACAAUUAGACGGUGAGAGAGCUUUUGUCCCUCUUUCAUUCUUAGCCGUCAGAUUGUUCUCAAUUAUGUGUCAACAAACGGAGCCGUCUCCGCCAGGUCAUGUCUUCACAGACGAUUUUUUUCUUGUAAUAUCAGUAUCGUGUGUUGCGAUGUAAAAGGUUUCGCUUAAAACGUCUGUCAUCUAAGGUGAAAAUGAGAUUAUAAUACGUACAUACUACUACCGGCCAUAAGGACAUUAAUAAAUAAAUUAAAGAGAAUCGUACAGAGCACGAAAUUGAAACCUUCCGACCUUUUGGCUUUUACAAAAGUGGACAAAUAGAAAUCGACGUACCUACUGGUUUACUAUUUCCCUUCACUGCAAUCGCCAUCUUCGCCGGCUCUCGGAAUCACCUCUCGCCGUUCGAAUCUUCGGUCAGCCGUGAGCGUCACCGGUUGUCCGGAGGCCUACAAUUGAAGAAAACAUUGCUUAGAAACAAAGAAAAAAGAGGUCUCAAUGGCAGCCCCUUCUGCAUCCUCAUAUGGUUGGAGUUAUGAUGUGUUCCUGAAUUUUAGAGGUGUAGACACUUGCAAGACCUUUACCGGACACCUCUAUAAUGCCUUGGAAUCUGCUGGAAUUCACACUUUCGGGGAUGAUAAACUCCGCACUGGGGAGGAGAUUGGCCUAGAGCUACUAUCUGCAAUCCAGCAGUCAAGAAUCUCGAUCCCCAUCUUCUCAAAGAACUACGCUUCUAGCAAAUGGUGCCUUAAUGAGCUCGUCAAGAUAGUUGAAUGUAGGAAAACCAUGAAUCAACUUGUUCUGCCCAUCUUUUACGAUGUCGAUCCCUCGGAUGUCUGUAACCAAACUGGGAACUAUGAGGAGGCUUUUCAGAAACAUAACAACCACUUCCAUCAGAGGAUCAUAGACGAGUGGAAAGAGGCUCUGAGAGAGGUUGGGGUAUUAAAGAGAUGGGAUUUGAAGAACAUCGCUAAUGGGCAUGAAGCAACAUUAGUACAAUUAGUUGUUGCAGCAGUAAUCAAUAAAUUGAGGAAAGACUCUCGUAUUGUUUCUAAUGACCUAGUUGGAAUCCAAUCUCAUGCAGAGAAAAUGAUGAGCUUGUUAAACAUUAAAUCUGGAGAUGUAAAAAUUGUGGGAGUUUGGGGGUUGGGUGGAAUUGGAAAGACAACUAUUGCCAAUGUUGUCUACAAUGUUGGAGGCUCAUCCUUGUUUCGCGUACAAAGAUCAGCAUGGCAAUGUACAUUGAAGAUGUUGCAAGAAAUUCCUAAUGAAGAAGUUCAGAAAAAGUUAAGAAUAAGUUUUGAUGGUUUACGGGAUUGGCAGCAAGGGAUAUUUCUUGAUAUUGCAUGCUUUUUCAUUGGAAUGGACAAAAAUAUUGCAUAUUACAUAUGGAACCAGUGUGGAUUUUACGCUGAAAUAGGAAUUGACGUUCUUUGCCAAAAGUCUUUGGUAAAGAUUGGUGAAAAUAAUGAACUAAAGAUGCAUGAUCAGCUUAGAGAUCUUGGAAGGGAAAUCAUUCGUCAAGAAAACCUCAAGGUGCCAGGAGAGCAUAGUAGGUUGUGGUUUCACCAGGUAGCCAUGCAUGUAUUGGAGAAACAUAUGGGAACAGAGAAAGUUGAAGCACUCUGUAUUGACUUCAAAGAUAGUUCAAUAAGCCAACGAUGUCUAAUGAGUGAAGGAUUUACUGAGAUGACUAAGCUUAGGCUACUCCAAGUUGAUCAUGCACACUUUGCUCCAGACUUCAUACCUUCUUUUUCAGAAUUGGUAUGGCUUAGGUGGAGAGGAUGCCCUCAUCCCAAAUUUACGCUGACGAGAUUUCAUCGAGUGAACCUCGCUGUACUUGAUCUAUCAUAUAGUCAUGUUACAAUUUAUUGGAAGGGUUGAACUACACCAAGCACCGCAGGUGGCAAAAAAUCUUAAAGUUUUGAAUCUGACAGGGUGUCAACGCCUAUUAAAGACUCCUGCACUAACAAAUCAUCGCUUGGAGGUCUUGAUUCUUGCAAAUUGUGGAUAUUUGGUUGAGAUCGAUGAAUCCAUCAACUAUCUUGAGGUGCUAGUCGUAUUGAAUUUGAGUGGAUGCACGAAACUAAAGUAUCUCCCAUAUGGCAUCGGAGGUUUGACUUCUCUCAAAAAUCUCAACUUACAUCUAUGCGAAGGACUUGAAAAGUUACCUGAUUCCAUUGGUCUUUUGAAAAACCUAGAGAUUUUUCAUGCCAGCUUUUGUUAUUUCGAGGAUGGGGCAAUUACAGAUGCUAUAGAGUGGCUAUCCUCUUUGGAAAUCCUGAGACUUGGUGGAAACAAUUUUCAUAGUCUACCAUUGGCAGUUUCCAGCCUUUCCUCGUUCGAAACACUUGAUUUACAGCUCUGCAACAAACUAGAAUCUCUCCCAGAACUUCCUUCUAGUUUGAAAUAUUUAAAUGCUUCGAGUUGCAUAUCCUUGAAAUCACUCCCAAGGCUUUCAAAUCUGACAAAUUUAGAGGUUUUGUGCCUUGCUGAUUCUGAGAAUCUGGUGAAGAUACCAUCUAUGUUAGGGUUGGGAAACUUAGAGAGAUUAAAUCUUGAUAAUUGUCUGAGCUUAGAAGAGAUUAAAUGCCUCGAAGGGUUGGAUUCCCUGGAGUUGAUGAUCGAGAACUGCAGAUCAUUAAGGAAUAUCGGGAUAUUAUCCAGCUUUAGAAAACUGAAAGAAUUAGACCUCAAGGACCACUUGAUGUUAUUCGAGAUUUGGAGCUGGAAGGGACUGGACCCCCUGGAGCUGUUGACAAGGAUGAGGUAUGAUUCAUUAAGGAAAUUUCCGAAAUUUUCUUACUUGACACAACUAACGGUAGUAGAUGUGUGGAACUGUGAGAAGUUGCUUGAGAUUGAAGAGCUUGUGGGAUUGGAUUCUCUGGAGAUGUUGACAAUAACGGACUGCAAAUCAUUAAUAAAACUGUCAGAGUUCUCUCACUUGAAAAAUGUAAGGAUGGUAAUGGUGUGUAACUGUGAGGAGUUGCUCGAGAUUGAAAACCUUGUGGGAUUGGAUUCUCUGGAGGAGUUGACAAUACGUAACUGCAAAUUACUAACAAAAAUAUCAGGACUAUCUGACUUGAAAGAGCUAAAGAUACUAGAAGUGUGGAACUGCGAGGAGUUGCUCAAGAUUGAAGGCUUUGUGGGAUUGGAUUCUCUGGAGGAGUUGACAAUACGUAACUGUAAAUCAUUAACAAGCAAAUCAGGACUAUCUGACUUGAAAAAUCUAAGGAUACUAGAAGUGUGGGACUGUGAGCAGUUGCUCAAGAUUGAAGGCUUUGUAGGAUUGGAUUCCCUGAAUCUGUUGAUAAUAAGAGGCUGCAAGUCAAUGAUAAAAAUAUCAGGACUUUCUUACUUGAAAAAACUAAGGGUACUAGAAGUAUGGGACUGCAAGGAGUUGCUCGAGAUUGAGGGACUUGGACGAUUGGAUUCUCUGUAGGAGUUGGCAAUACAUAACUGUAAAGCAUUAAUAAAAAUAUCAGAACUGUUUAACUUGAAAAAGCUAAGGGUAAUGGAUGUUUGGAACUGUCAGAAGUUGCUUAAGAUUGAGGGGCUUGUGGGAUUGGAUUCCUUGAAACUGUUUUCAAUAAAUAACUGCAAGUCAAUAACAAAUAUAUCAGAACUCUCUGACUUAAAAAAACGAGGGCUAAUAAAUGUGCAGAAAUGUGAGCAUUUGGAAUCAUUGUUGACAAGAAGUGUGACAGAAAGGGUUGAAAAAAGGGCAACAAAAAGGGUCGGAUUUUGGGAAGUAGGCUUACAGGUGACAUUAAGGGAAGUAGACUUGGGGGAGCUGCUAUAAGUUACUCGAGAUUGAGGGCCUUUUAGAAAUUUGGUUCCCUGGAUUGGUUGACAAUACAGUUGCCUGGACUGCAAGAACUUACAUUUGGUUGUGUGACCUGAGGAUUUGAGAUCUUUGGAAAAACUGACCCUUUAUUGAUUUUACAUUGAUUAGCAGAUCACCGGAUCUGUCGAACUUGAUGAAGUUGGCCGAAACCCAGGUUAGAAACUGCUUGUACAUAUUUCUGAAAGUCAAGGUGUUAACGGAUUAGAAUUUUUAGAGAUCUUGGAUAGUUGGAUAUUAGUUGUGCUGGCAGAAACAUAUCCAACAAGUUGGUGCUUCUGUUUGUGGAAUUGAGGCAGUAGAAACAUGAAUUAGAGUGGUGGGUGUGAUGAGAGUUGGUAUUGCAAACCAACAAGCCUGUGAAGGAGGAGAGAAAUACAGGCAUGAAUUCGUCAGCUCAAAAGCCUAAUGAAAUGAGUGCAAUCACCAAAUCAGAAUCCACUCAAUCACUGGACUGGAAGCAACUCAAGUCGGAAGAUCCAAGAAAUUUGGUGUUUUCCAAGCUGACAAAGAAGGAAGACAAGGUGUCCAUGUCAUGCAUCUGAGAGACAUGUGGGUACUUGGCACCUCAAUGGGAGAAGGUGGAACCCAGCACUGCAGCAAAAGCUGAUGCUUAUAGCUUUGGGAUGGUUUUUUUUUGGAGAUAGUGACCAGAACAAGGAACUAUGAGAUCUGGGGAUCGUCGUUGGACAUUGAAGAAUGGUACUUUCCAGUGGGUGUUUGGGAAAGUGUAUAAAGACAAGAGGGUGGAGGAUCUAUUGGACGGCCGGAUCAAGCACUGUUAUGAUAGUAGGUUCCACUUUGAGAUGGUGGAUGGGAUGGUGGAGACUGCGAUGUGGUGCCUCCAAGAUAAGGCCAAGAUGAGAUCAUCUAAGGGAACAGGAGCCAAGAUGCUUGAAGGGACGGUGUAAAUCACAGAACCAGCAAAGCCCACCAUUUUCUACCUUGGAGAUGAUGAAUAGAGUAAGCGGCUUCUCCCUCUCUCUAGACCAUUUUUUUUUGGGGGGGGGGGGGUUUAAGACCAAUAAAAAUUGAUGCUAGGCAUAAAUUCACAUUCCGUUUGUUUCAAUUAAAAUGCCCAUGAGUAAAAUAAAAUAGAAAAAAAUUGUUUCUUUUUCCUCUUUUGUUUUAUUUUCUUUGAACCUGUCUUCAAAGAUGAGGGUCUGCUCAGUGAUGACCUCUCCCAUGGAUAUUAUCUCU